UGCAUGUGUGCGGAGAGUGGCGGCCGCCAAGCCGAAGACUGCGAAGAGCCGGCGCCGCUCGCACGGCGCGAGAGGGGGGAGGGGCGACUGGCUGGCGGCAGCGGCGGCGGCGGAUAGAGCCUGGCAUCGGCCAGCCGUGCCUCUGCCUGCUUCAGUCGCAGUGGAAACCGAGUGAAGUGCAGUCGCGUUGUCGUGAGAGUCGCGAGUCGUGAGAGUGGAUCGCCGGACGCAUUGACGCACGCACGCACGGAAGGGGAGCAAGCGAGAUGCGUGCGUCGACGCCGCCGUCGCUGCCGCCGCGCCGGCAGCGCUGAGUCCGGAACCACGGCCGCCGUGCGACGAUGCCUUCGCGCAGCAGCACGUGAGCCGCCGUCGUCCGAUGGUGGCUUGCUGCGGCGUUCGCUCUGGCGUUUGUUCACCUCCAUGUUCCGCCGCAAACGCGAGCCCCUGACGCAACGCCUACUCAAGGCCGUGCGCGAGAAGGCCGCCGCCGCCGACGCCGCCGCCGUUGACGCUGCGUCGCUGCACACGCACGUGCUGCAGCAGCUGAGUGAGCAGCAUCUGGAGCUGCUGCUGCUGGCCGUCGAACGCGAUGGCGCCCGCACCUGCUGCGUGCCCGCCAGACGCGGCGCCACCACCAGCGUCGACGCGGCCUCCUCUACCUACUGUUGCUGCGCGACGCCCGGCGACGACGAGUCGCCGCCGGCGUCUGGCGCCAGCAGGACGGCUGAAGAAAAGCCGUACCAAUCACCUCACGUGUUGUGUUGCCAAGCGUUCCGCUGGCCGGAACUCCAAGACACCACGCAGCUCAGGCGUCUGCCCCAGUGCACCACCCUUGAAUGCUGCAACCCUUUCCACUACAGCAAAGUUUGCGGACCAGAGUCACCACCCCCGCCUUACCGCCGCUACCCUUACGAGAAGCUAAGACCUGAAGACCGGGCGCCGAGUGAAGAAAGUUUGACGACCAACAAGAUUUCCUACACCACCUCGCCCAAUUGUUCGUCAAUUUCCAAUUUUUCCCUGCGUUCGUCGUUUUCUACUAAUGGAGAGGGCUCCGAACAGACUGAUGAAUGGUGCAAGCUGGCGUAUUGGGAGCAGCAGCACCGAAUUGGGGACCUUUUCUCCGUGCGCAGCCCCUCGGUGCACGUCUUUGGCGGACCCGCGAAGCCUGGCAUGGUGUCAGCGGCCCUUUGCCUCACGGACCUCGUGCCCAAAUACCCUGGCGUUCCUAUCGAGCCCAGCGCACCCAUAAAAAAGACUAGAAGCAAAAUAGCAGAUGGAGUGCUGAUAAGUCAAGAGGGUGAUACGGUAUGGGCUUACAAUCUGUCCGAGUGUCCGAUGUUCGUGAACUCGCCGACGCUGGACGACCUGCACUCGCGCUCGCUGGUCGUGUACAAACUGCCGCCAGGCUACUGCCAGCGCAUCUUCAGCUGGGAGCGGGCUGAGCUGCGGCGCAAGGUCAACGCGAGGAGCGAGAACACGCUGGGCCCGGAGAACACAUACUCGGUGCGGAUCAGCUUCGCCAAGGGCUGGGGGCCCAAGUACGCGCGGCAGGAGAUCACCGUGUGUCACUGCUGGCUCGAGGUGCUGCUCACCAAGCCUGCCCGGUGACCUUCUGCCAGCCAGAGACUGGUUCUUGCCGGACAGUGCGCCCUAGUGUAUUAUUGUGUACAUUUUCAAGCGCCGCCAGUCAAGUGGUAGAAAAACUGGACAAAAAGUUUUUGAGCUGCCUCUGUGAUCCGCGGACGUUUUACUAUCCGAAAAUGCAGCCUUCGGAACGGGCAGCGGUGGUGUUACACGUUUUUCCGUGUUUCGUUCUUCUCGCUACGGAAUUCUUGCUUUGUCCCUCUCAAACAUGCAUUUUUUACUGUCCAAGAGAUAAAAAUUUUCACAGGUGAUUUUAUUAUUUUUAUUUUUAUCCGAUCAUGAUUAAAUUUGGUAUGCAGACUCUCCUUGACGAGACAAAUCGAUCAAUGUGUAAUCUUUGACAUUCUCACUAAAUUAUGAUUUUUUCUCAGGCCUAAGCAAGUGAAAAUGUUAAAAAAGCAGCAAAUUUUAAAUAGUUUUGCAAUAUUUUGGUAUUUAUUUAAACCUAAUAUAAGUUUAAAUUAAUAUAAAAAACAUUGAAAGAAGUUUAAUCAAAUAAAAUACAGAAAAUUGUCUUCAAUGAGCAAAAUAUAAUCCGUCGUCAAUGGGAGUCUGCACUAAUAAGCCAUUACAAGAAGCACUGGAAUAAAGUUUUCGACAACCAAUCGAUUCCUGAAGGUUAGACAGCCACAAUUUGACGCGACGUUUCCUAAUUCAGAGAAAAACGUAAAACCGUAUCUUAAGUGGUGUUUAGUUUAAACUUAGCCACAAUAAUGCCUUUCUCUGAUUGGAUUCCGGCGUUCUUGUGGUUAGAUUUAGACUUAUAAAUGCUAAACAAAUGUUUUUUUUAGAUUUUUGACCGAUUUAUUUGGCUGCCAACCCUAAUCUGUUCCUCAGGUAUCAAAAAAUAAAUUCCAGUGCUACUAGAAACAUAAAAAUUGAAUUACUUAAAAUUUCCUCUCAUCAAGCGGAACGAAGCCAGGGUUCCUUGUCAAGUCCUUGAUUCAAAAGUCACAGCAGGGCAGCUCAAUGAUAUUAUGUACAUAUAAAAUCAAGAUAAAUCUAUAUAUUUAUAUCUAGAUUAUACUAUAUAAAUAUCAUUGCCAUUGUUGUGUUUUAAGAAGAAGAGCUAAGAGUGUACCUGUCGAAGACGCGUUCCUUUCGGCCUCGUUUCGAGAGGAACGCAACUUCAAAAAACUAAUUUUAUAUAAUAUAUCACCAUAAAUAUGUAUUUACCUUGCUUCUAAAACUCUACUGCGCGACAAAUUCUCUUAGCUGAAAAUUUAUUAAUUCUUUUGGUUCUUGAUUGAGGAAGGAAGUUGUAACAAAGACUGCGAAGUCAUAUUUUUUCCAAAACAAUAAACUAGCUUGUUGGUUAUCAAAACUGUGUGUGCACACCUCCUGGAGAAACUGACGAGCUCUAUUUAUUUAUAGUGCGCCACAUUCUGUGAUGUCAGGGGCAAUAGUUAUCUGCCCUUUUUCACCAAAACAAUAUGUUGAAGCCUCGCUCCUCUUUUAGCAUUUUUUCCCUCAAGGUGCAAUUGGUUUGCAUUUUUUUUUUGUUCAGUAAAUUGGCAAUUUAUGGCAAAAGAGGAGAGGAAUCGGCUUAGCUACCCAAACAUUCCGUCAUCAUUUAAUAAUUGUCUAUAUAGAGUGGAAUUUUGUCUUUUUGUCCAGAAAGAGCAAAUUGUGCCCCUCCGUGCCCCCGGCCUGCGCUGCUAAGACUAGUACUUUUGUGCUGGAAAACCGUCCAGAAUUUUGACUAACUCACAGGGUUUUGCUUGUGAAAAGGAAGCAGGUGAUUCAGAAAUAUGCCAUCACAAUAAUGCCUCUCUCUCUCUCUCUCUCUCUCUCUCUCUCACUCUUUGUCUGAUUAGCACUUGGCAACAUAUCUCCUUGUUAGUAAAGUCGUUGGCAAAAGAAAAUAAUUAUAAUUAAAUAAAAGCAAGACCCUGAGAAUGUAAUUUUUGUCUUGGUUUUCCAAAGAAUCUGCUUAAAUUCGUGCUAAAACUUAACAGACAAUCACAGUGUAACACUCACAAUAUUUCUUUGUCCCUUUCGGCGUUUUCUUUUUUACUUUGGACGCACAUAAUCUACCAUAUAAAUAAAAAUAUAAAUGAUGAAUGUAACCAGGACAAAUGCUGCUGCUAUAUCGUGAUGAAACACAUACAUAUACGAGUAUAAUUAAUUAAUAACCCAAGAGAUUGUUUUGUGAGAUCCACCAUACACACAUCCACACGAAUUCAACACAAACUGGAAACAAGCUACAUACCGUGCGAUUUAAUACAACAUACAAACUAUGUAUAAUGUAAAUGCUUCGGAUAGCCUGUACAAGAGAAGAAAAACCAUGUUAAAAUUGUAUAAUAUAUUGUAGUUAUGUAUGCAUCUUUAAACAGAAUGAAAAGCAUGGUGGAGAACAAGAAUCUGCCACCACGAUUUUUAUUGAUUAAAAUUUAACAAGAAAAAACAAA